AUGGAAGACAAAUCACGGCUCCCUGAAGAGUGUAGUGUUGCUAUGAAUAAAGUGCUAUCUUAUGAGCUGCACAUCAGUGAUGCUUAUUUAUCUAUGGCCUAUAAUUCCAUCGACGAAUCAGUCCAACCUUGUUUUGCCACAUUCUUUGAAGACCAAGCUGAUAUAAAGAGGGAAAAUGGAAAGAAAUUCCUAGAAUAUCUAGGAAAACGUGGGAAUAAAAUCUGCCUUCCAGUGUUUAAGAGGCCUGAGAUAGAGAAUUGGGGAACCGGCAUAAGAGCUCUAGAGUGUGCUCUGGAACUGGAAAACCAGUUAACCACGCUCCUGCUAGACCUGAAGACCACAGCUUCUGCCAACAAAGAACGCGAUCUGCUCCGGGUCGUUCGACCGCCAAUGGGAAAGUACCUGGAUAAACAGAAGAGGAACACAAAUUACCUGCAGCACCAGCUUGUAUAUCAUGAGAAAUUAGGAAAUCAGGCCCAGGAGGGAACGGCCCAUUGA